AGGUAAUCGGAUUAGAGCGAGUUUGGUUCAAAUUGGGACUUUUAGCAGCGUUUCCCUCACUCUCCUCUCCAGCGGCCGAGCACAGCGCAGCGGAUCUGCCCCGGCCAGCCUCCCAGAAAGAGCCGCAGAGACGCAGUCGAAAUGCCCGUCGACAUGAAUGGAUACUGGAAAAUGGUUUCCAAUGACAACUUUGAGGAGUACAUGAAGGCUCUGGAGGUAAAUGUUGCCAUAAGAAAAAUUGCCCUUUUACUGAAACCUGACAAGGACAUCGUUCAAGACGGGGACCACCUGAUGAUCAAGACCCUCAGUACCUUCAAGAACUACAACAUGGACUUCCACGUGGGCAAGGAGUUUGAGGAGGAUCUCACAGGAGUCGAUGACAGAAAAUGCAUGACCACCGUCACCUGGGAGGGAGACAAACUAGUGUGUGUUCAGAAGGGAGAGAUAGAAGGAAGAGGAUGGACCCAAUGGGUGGAGGGAGACGAGCUUCAUCUGGAGCUGAGAGCUGGAGGCGCUGUUUGCAAGCAGGUUUUCAAGAAAACCUAACCUGGCCUUAUUCACCAACACAGAGUGAUCCAACAGAAACUGGCUCAAAAAGACUCACCAGAUUGACCAUACCCAGCAACAUCCAGCAUUCUUUGACCCUGCUACUACUCACGUUGAUUUCACAAUCACUGAAAUCAGUUGUAUUCAAUUUGAAUUGUUUCCUUAGUUAUCAAGCCAGGGAGGCAAGAAACAAUGAAGUAAUGCUGUGUUAUUGUCUCAGAGCGGAUGCUUUGAUGAUGAGCAGGUUUAGAUGAGCUGAACGUUUGCACACUGCUAGCUGAUCUGAAAGUUGAGCCAGAUUGAGAAAAAGUUUAGUGGAAAUGAGGAAGAUCUUUAGCAAACUGUUUUUGAUGUAAACUGAUGACAUCUGACCGGACCGCAUUGCUCUGGUCUUCCUUUUUUGAUCAAAUCAGUCCCCAGAAUAAGAAUCAAACGAGAUGCGGUGCGCAGAUUCUAUUUCUCUGAAGUUCUUUGAGAGUGUACAGCUGAUAUUAACAGGAGUUAAUCAAUAAAUGAAGCACCUCUCAACA